AUGGGUGCUCGCCGACCGGGAGGACCAGAACGACGCUACAGCGACACUCUGAAGAGCUCGCUGAAGCGAAUUCAGAUCAACCCAGAGACCUGGAAGGACCUCGCCCAGAACAGACGAGUCUGGAAAUUAGCAGUGAAGACUGGCGGAUCGGAUCGCCGCCGCCAAAGUCAAGAGUUAAGCUUACCAGUCUCAGGCGCCCCUGACCCGCAGAAUUGUCACUCAACCCCACCCAACAGGUCCACGCUGUCAACGAACAUCCCGCGCGAGGAUAGGCCUCGUCGGUCAUCUUUAGACCCACCGCAUCAACCGCACCUCCUACUUCACGACCGCCUCUGCUCUAACCCCCACGCAAACCACGACGGCACCCACCCUCACCACCGUUGCUCCGAUCCCCCGUGUCACACUGCCGUAAAUCAGCCCCACCUCCAUCCUCUCUCCCACAGUGGCGGCGGCGAAGACGAACACAACCACCUCUACCGCACUCGCUACCGACCGUAA